AUGUGUAGUUUAGCUCCUACUUUUGAAUUGUUAGAAAAGGAGUCUAGAUUGGACAGUUUAGCUCAACAGAGUUUGAGCUCUAAUGGACUCGUUUUCAUGCCCAAUAGUGCUACAUCAGCCCAAUCGGUACACUCAGCACAAACCGCCACAACUGUAACAAACCAGAAAAAAUCGACAGCAGCAUAUACUCCUAUAACUAGACCACCUAUACGGCCAACACUUGACAAACGGUCAUCCAGUGCCAAUAGCAUUUUAACAUUAAGUGGGUUUGAACCAGGUUCUGCAACAAGCAUUGGCCCCAACGGAAUUACGACUGGAAUCACUCACAAUGGGAUCAAUGGUGAUCUCAGUACUGUACCUGGUGUCAUCAUUAGUGCUGGUACAGGAACGAGCACAACUGCUGGCACUAAUGGGACUAAUGCUGUGAGCUCGUUUGCAUCGGCUGCAAUUAAUGCCCAAGCAGCAGUUACUGCUUCCCCUAGUCUUCACCCGUCAGCGGCAGCUGCUGGCGGACCAGGUCCAUCUCUUUUUAGACCGCUUAGACUUACUCCGGAUGCCCCUAAACGACCGGGUAUGGGGUCUCGUGCAUCGAGUUAUACGCAUUCAGGUGCUGGCUCCUCAUCACAGAUUCGUAAACAGAGUCAUCGUCGAACUGGCUCUCAUAGUCCGGUGAUGGCCAACAAAAUCCCCAAUGGUACUUUCUCGUCUAGCUCUUCAUCUGCCACAUCGCCUAUUCCCAAUCCCUCAGUAACCAGUAGUUCUAGCAGUGGAGGCCCUGUUUCAAGUGGAACUGCAACAGCUAGCAAUGGAGCGUCUACUGUUGAUAGAGAGUCUAUAGGAGUAUGGGUAAAAGGAGUAACAACUCAACAGCGAUUAGAUCCACAUCUUCACACAUAUUUGGCAUCGAUUAAUGCAUUUUCAAUGCCUCUUCGACCUGAUCGUGAAGCAUUAAUUCGCAUAUACUGUGAGUCAAUAGACAAGCUACUGCCACUUCUUGACAGAGAACAGUUUGUCAAGCUCCAUAACAUUGGACAAGCACCAACACUACUUCUUCAUGCAGUGCUAUUAGCAGCUGCAAGACACCCAAGAGCAGCUCAGCAUCUCGGACAUGAGUCGACAAGACAAUUUUGUGCAUCGACAGCUGCUAAAAUCAGGGCCCUUCUGUUUGCAGAGGUCGAGCAAGAUAGAUUAACGCUGGUUCGUAUAUAUGCUUUGCUUUCACUUCACUCAGAAGGUCCCGAUGGACUUGAAAAUAGUUGUUCGGACUUGCAAAAGGCUCUUCAUUAUGCCACGUCGCUGGGAAUUCAUCAUGACCGUGGUUUCAUAGAUAAGGAUCAGCUGCGUAAACUGUGGUGGAGUAUAUGGUGCAUGGAUCGGAUAAGUGCUUGUGUCAAUGCGCGACCACUUAUUAUUUCCAACGACGAUAUCGGCCUACCUCCUAUUCGACCUGAAGAACAUGCUCAGUUAGCUCGUCUCAGUGUGGCAUGUCAGAAACUUGAAAAGGUCAUUCAUUUGUAUCGACCUGGUUUUACGAAAAGCAAUCCUUGUGUUGUUCCUGAAGAGGUUGACCAGUUGUUUUCAGGAGACGAUACUCUGGAACCCAUAAAUGCUAUACACGCACUUCUGCACUAUUCAGCUGUUAUUUUGGCUCAUAAGAGAGUUAGCAGUACUGAUGAAGAAGGACUACAAGAAGAUUCUGUUGUUAAUGAAGUUGUUGGGUUAUCCAGUAAUGGCUACCAACAGCAAGGUCAACAACAAGCGCAACAAUUGCAUUUACAGGAAAGAAUUGCCCUUUCGCCUCAAACAUUGUCAACACCUUUGACGAUGAUUCUGGCUCAAGAACAGCGAGUGAGCGAAGAUCUGCUCAAAACACUAGACUACGUCUCUACUAAAGAUGAUGUUGAUGAGACGUAUCGAGCCACACCAGAAUCAGACGCUUCGUUUGCGGACGCGCGUCUGCUUUCGGCAGCUGGGGCAGUUCUCCGGAUCAUUAGGAACUCUAAAGACCUACCUCCUUUACCUUUAAUCCCUUACUGUGUGUCAUUGACCCUGACAGUUUUUCUAAGAACAUUUCCACGUGUGGACAGUGAAACCAAUUUUAGCUGGCGCGAUGCCUGUACAGCGCUGGAGAACAUGGCCAACAGGUGGUGGGUUGCUGGUGCAAUGGGAACAAUGGGCAGAAAUGUGUUUGGUUCACUAGAAUCGGAGGCCAAAAUCAAAGAAGAAGAAGCUGAAGCCGCCGCUAUGCAAACCGACCUAGUGGGCAUCCCCAUGGAGCAAUAUCUUGACAUGUUUUCGAAUCUACCUAAUCAAACGUCAUUUAUUGAUGAAGCACUCUCCCUGGAUGGGUUCAACAAUGUCGAGCCUUGGUUUCAGGAAAAACGUUAA